CACCGACACACAGCGCCACACCAGCUCUGCGAUAUAAUCGAUACAGAUUUACUUCGAUACUAAGGCUGUUGUAAUAAUAUUUACCAACACGGUCGUGCAGUAAGCCGAUACAAGUGGCCGUGAAAGCAAGGCGUAUGGAUCAGUGCCUGUCGGACUGCCGCGCUGUUAGGAUGGGUCGGAGUGAGCGUUCGCUAGUGCAUACCAACACAAGGUAAUGGCGGCGGACCGGCAGAGGGCGCCCAUCAGAGUUGGUUUCUAUGACAUCGAGAGAACCAUUGGCAAGGGCAACUUCGCCGUGGUGAAACUCGCCAAGCACCGCAUAACGAAAACAGAGGUGGCCAUCAAGAUCAUAGACAAGACGCAGCUGGACGCCGUCAAUCUGCAGAAGGUUUACCGGGAGGUGGACAUCAUGAAGCUUCUGGAUCACCCGCACAUCAUAAAACUGUACCAGGUGAUGGAGACGAAGAACAUGAUCUACAUUGUGUCGGAGUACGCCAGUCAGGGCGAGAUAUUCGACUACAUCGCAAGGUACGGACGAAUGACGGAGGGGGCUGCUCGUCGGAAGUUUUGGCAGAUCCUGUCCGCCGUGGAGUACUGCCAUAAUCGUCGCGUGGUGCACAGGGACCUGAAGGCUGAGAACCUGCUGAUGGACGGACACAUGAACAUCAAGAUCGCAGACUUCGGGUUCAGCAACUACUACACGCCGGGCGAGCAGCUGGCCACGUGGUGCGGGUCCCCGCCUUACGCCGCGCCAGAGGUCUUCGAGGGAAAGAAGUACACGGGGCCUGAGAUCGACGUCUGGAGUCUCGGCGUUGUCCUGUACGUGCUGGUGUGCGGAGCUCUGCCGUUCGAUGGAUCGACUCUCCAGUCUCUCAGGGACAGGGUCCUCUCUGGCAGGUUCCGGAUACCCUACUUCAUGAGCUCAGAUUGUGAAUCUCUGAUCCGCAAGAUGUUGGUGCUAGACCCAAGCAAGCGGUACAGUGUCGAUCAUAUCAAGAGGCACCGUUGGAUGGUUGCCGAGGCCCCCAGACUGCUGCCGAGUACUGGCGGAGAGCAGCACGGCACAGAGCCGAACGAGCAGAUUCUGCGACUGAUGCAGAGCCUUGGGAUAGACGCAGUCAAGACGAGGGAGUCUCUGCGGUGUGGGAGCUAUGAUCACCAUGCAGCCAUCUACUUUCUAUUGUUGGAGCGGUUGAGACAGCAACGCAGCAGCUUCCCACUGUCGCACGACACUGGCUCCACCAGCGGACAGAGUGGAAAGCAGUCCCUGGACUCGAUGCAGCGACGGCGCCCGAGCACCAUCGCCGAGCAGGCCAUGCGCAAGUUGGGGAUAGCGGUUCCCUCUACUCUGGCCAGCAGCGGCAUCCCAGAAAGCAGUACCAGACGUGCAAGUGGGGAGCAUACCCGAUUGUCCUACCCCCCACAGGACCUAGCACCUCAGUUCCCAGCAGUACCCACUCAACAAGACUUCUUCUUGGCACGAUCUAGCAGCCGAACUGCACCUUCAGCAGAUAUUCGCCUCGUGAAUCACCCCCCACCAUUCAGAGACCUAUAUCAGUACCAUUACUCAUCACAGCAGCCGCGGUUUAGCAAUCUUGGCAGUUCUCUGUCUGCAGGUGUGGUUCCUUCUGUACAGUAUGCAGAUGAGGGUGUGGAAACAGACAUGGAGGACUCUCCUGCCAGUAGCACAAGAUCACAGCAUCAGCGCCUGGCCUCUUACGCAAGCUCAUCCUCCUCGAGUGGCAACAAGAGCCUGAGUCAACACCUCAGCUCUGACUCGUGCUCUGGAUCCACGUUCGACGACUACCAGCUGGAGUCGGAUCUGGCUUCCAGUCUGCCUUCCUGCAGCACCCCCCAAGAGAGUGUUGCCGCUACAGUGUACACCAAGCCACACAAUCCCCUGCUGCACAGUGCUACCAGCCGUGCCAACACACGUUCGCCCGUCGAUUUCAGAGAGGGACGGCGGGCCUCGGAUGGCCUGGUGGCUCAGCAGGGAGUGGAUGGAGGGAGCGGGAAUGUGACCGGAGGGGGCGUGAUUGCAUUCAACAGUCAGAGGCUGCACGAGACAGGCAAAGCCAAGGGCAUCAUGGAACUUCAUCUUGUUCAGCGUGAGCAUCAGGCCCUACGAAGCAGGUAUCAGCCAAGUGAACAGCAUUCUCAAUUCAUGCGCUCCGCGCCACGAGUCAGCCUGCCGCUUAGCCUGCUGCAGCAGAAGAGACAGAUUCUGCAAAAGCAAGGUGCUUUCCAGCAGCCAAGCGUGAGUGAGGUGAUGAGCCGGCGUCAGAUGCUGCGACAGGCCUCCUAUAAGCUCGCGCAGCAGACGCAGAUACUGCCUCCCCUCCCCCUUCAAGAGACAAUCGUGGAAGACCGGGCUCUCCAGUACAAACACGCCAUCGAGGGGGAGUUCGGAGAACAGGUGGCAUUCCAGACUAUAGCGGAGGACAGCACCAACGGAGUUCAUCCUCCAGGGGGCAGAGUCCUCCACGCUCCGCAAGCAGACGUGGCUAGAGCUCUGCCGACGUUAGAUGACGCGCCACCGAGCGAUCCAGGAGGGGAGCAGUGGCAGUCGCUGCCUAGCACCCUGGCAUCAGCGUGCCACAUUAGUGACUCGCAGUCAUGGGGACGACAGACACUGUGUGAGGGAAUCCCCACGUGGCAGCAGCAGUCCACUUACGCAACGACACAACCUGUCACAGGCUGGAACCAGAUGUCAACGACUCCCGCAUCAGGCUCCUACCUGACAACAAGCAGCAUCCCUUGGCAACCCAUUGUGUCAUCCAUGCAACCUGUGUGUGAGAGUCCAAUCCUGGAGCUGACAGAGCAGAUGGAGUCUAUGUGAACAGGUUAAGAAUUGCAGAACAAACGUAACUACAUCACGACACGUGUUGUGUAGUACCAAGACUAGAUGAAGGAAGACAUGACGCGGUCUCUUCAGUCUGGGUUUUAUUUGGCUCCAAGGAUUACUGUUGUGAUGUGUUUUGUUUCAUAUAUCGCUCAGACUAUGUGAUAAUUAAUCAGUAUGAUGUGUGAUUCAUCAUGUUUAAAUUUCCAUCCAGUCUGGUUCAGGCAUAACUGAAAAGGGGGGGUAACAUAAUCAUCACAUAUUCAUGUAUAUAUGUAUAUGAAAUUAGUUAACAUGAUUAUAUUUCAGAGUCUGGUAAUUAAAAGCAUCUAUGCAAGGAGAUAUAGUCUCAAAAAUAUUAUAAAAUUUUACUUUUUUUUACUAUUAUUAGAUUCUUUGACAAAUAUUUUGACAUGAGAUAUAUGAAACAACUUACUAACAGCGUCUGUGGGCAUAGUUUUAAUGUUAUUUACUUAAAUUAUUGUUUUUAUGAGCUUUCUUAGUUGGAUGACAGUAGUCAGGUUUCAGUAUCUCUUAACCAUAACAUCUCGACUGGCUUCUGAACUGAUUCGGUCUUCUCUUCAGUGGGUACCCAAGGACUCUUUCUGUAGUCGUAAAGCUGCCACUUCAACCACUCACUUUCAUCUGAUACCAAGAUUAAGAACACACAAAUCAUUACUUCCACACCCUCAAUACGCCUUUGUGUCUGGUGCUUAGGAACAGCGACAGUUUUAACUUUUAUUCAUUUUAAAUUUUCUUCCACGAGCAUAGAAAGUCGGGUAGCCGAGUCGUAUAUUGACUGACUACAGGCUGGACGAUUGGGAGUUUGAUCCCCAACAGGGGCACAUGAUUUUCUUUUAGCCUUUGAUCGAGACUGGCUCUGGGGCCCACCCAGAGGUCCUUUCCCUAGGUGUAAAGCGCAGCCGGGGCAUGACGCUGGCCACUUAUCUGCAUCUAGUACCGAGGUUGAGAAUGCGUAGGAGCUAUACUUCCUCUCCUCGUAAGCACCUACAUGGCGUGUAAUGAGAUUACUGUUUUUUUACCCACAGUGGAGCUACGUUCGACUGUGCCUGCAUUGCGAUCGUCAAGCGUAGUGUUCCUAAAUUUUUGUUGCUGUUACUUAAAAAUAUUCCCAUGAUAAUAUGUUGCAAGAAGUUCGGUCUUGAUCUUGUUUGGUUCUGGUCCACUGUGAUAAAGAUUCUAUCAGGUACAAGGAUAUUCUCUGUUGUUUGGUUAUCUUCCGCGUAGACCACGACUGUGUACGCUGCAAUCUGAGGGCUGGAUACAGAGCCUAUGUUGUAACUGAGAGCAGCUGAAUGGGGAAAUUUAUAUUUUUCAGGAUCUAGCAGUUUGAGUCUCAAUAUUUCAGACUAAUCAUUCAUUUUCUCUUUUCUGUGGUGUCGAAAACAAGAAAAAAGUAAUUAAAUCUGUUACUAAAUUUGAAGGAAUAACAGAAGGUUGAAUAAGUACAUAUUAUUGUGCUUUUGGCAAAUAACUUAUUAAGUAUUGUUUUCCUCCGUAAUUAUAAGACUGACCAAUUUUUUUCUAAAAUAAAUGGACCACUGGUCUUUUAAAAAAAAAUUUCAAACCCCAGAGUGAAGUUGGCAGGCUUUCUUAUCGAAACCAAAGCGAGACUUGACAUAUACCAGUUUUGUAUGAGCUAUAAAAUAUUCCGCAACUGUUUCUUAGAUGAUGACAUUUUAGAAACUGUUGAUGUAACCUGAGAUCACAUCUGAAUGCUUGUGACUGCCGAACUAUAAGACAAGAAGAGGUGAUGGCCUAAUUAUAUGGACCUAAAAUGGACUACUUGAAAUAUCAAAGUGUCUGUAGUUACGAUAGCCUGCCUUGACAACUACUCACAAGAUAGUCUGCUCUGACCCCAAAAAUUGUUUGAGUUCCAAACAUGGUUCAUAUACUGACAAGUUCACCCACAGUGUUUCUAAUAUAAAACUAAUGUUAUGGAUUAAUUUAAGCAGUGGAAGAAAUUUUGUGUCAUUUUAGUAGGCCAGGUAAAAAAAUCUUCUAACCAUGAAAAUGACUGUCUUGUCAGUUUAUCCACCAUGUAAUUUGAUAGAAUUUAAGGUUUUCAUGCGUCAUGUUUGUGUUUUUUGAUUAAAAUAUAUAAUAAAAUUCAGGUCAAUACACAAAACUAUAUUUAGAUGUUAAAAUUUAAAUGUUAAAAUUUAAAAUUUUAACACAAUCCAAGUCAUUGACUCAAGCACCUGACACCCUCUACCUAUAUAUACCACCCGCUGCUAUACACGAACAGACAGUCAACCCGAGCAGACGUGAUACACCACACAACACGACUUAUGGUAUGUUAUUGAGUUUCUUAAUGUUACAAUAUAGUUCAUAUUCCAAAACUUAUUUGCAUAUAAAAUAAAAAAAUAAAAAAUAAAUAACUCCCACAUAUUAUUACAUUUAUUUACAGAAUAAUCAAAAUAAAAUGCGUAAAAUGGGAGGAUCAGCGGAACACAUGCUACAAUAAUGAAUAUACUGAAAGACAUGCAUUAAAAUAUAAAAUAGUUUUAAAGACAACACCUGAAGAUGAUGUAUUACAUCGAAACAUGUUGUGAAAUGAAUAAAAGCGCUUUAUUGUAACA